AUGGUCGCAAAUUGUCUGACGACUCUGUUCCCAGUUUUAACUUCAGUUACGACGAGUACCAUUGCAUCAAAUACAACUACAAUUAAAAUCAUAGAAGUGCCGGCGAUUCAAUCAAAAAGUAGUUCUCGUAAUUUCAGAGCAGCACAGCCCGUACAUUUUUACAGACGAAGCCAAGCAUCUUGGUCUUUUGAUGCCUCAUCAGCGUCACAGGUCUUUUCCAAAGUUUCUGACUUGUCACUAGGCGUUCACCAUACAGUGCCAAUGAUAUAUAAAAUUCAUUUUCAAGGUUCGUGUUUACUCAAUGUAAUAAAUGGCCGUGGUUUCAUUCGAAUAUUGAUCGACAAUAACGUUCUCAAUUUGAAUAGACUUAUGCCCAAUACUGAUCGACGCGCAACGUUAGCAUCACAAAUGGGUUUGAACCUAGGCCAGGUGGAUGCGCAGGGUGGGAGUUUUUUCCACAGUGGAUCCGCAACUUGGGUAUGUGCCUCUUGUGCGAAAACAGACGUGGUGUUAUUAAGUCCCGGAACGCACAUUAUUGAUGUUGGCUUGCGCACAGACAAUCCUACUGCACGUAUUCAUGGGGGAGAACUUGUCGUAGAGAUGACAGAAUACGAUCCAAGCGUACACUUUGGCUUUCAGUACGCAACUGUUCUCUGA